GCUUAUCGAUAUCGAUAGAUAUCGCGAUUUUCGUGAUUCCUGAAUCAUAAUUUCAUAGGAUGAUGCAAUUAAAACCAGAAUUUUCAUAAUUGAAUCUGGAACUAAAAACGCCAGGAUGUUGGACGCACUUAAUGACGAUUGUCAGUUGGCAAUAAUCAAGUACUUAAACCUAUUCGACCGAAUCGCACUAUAUGAAGCCACCAAGGGCACUUCAAAUCGCUUAAACAAGAAUGUAGCCUAUGCCUGGAAACUUCAGCUCAGCUUUAUACUUGAUUGGAGUGACUAUCAGAAGUUUGAAGCGAUGCCUAAAUUGUUGGACGUGUUUCUAUCCAACUGCAGUGCAACAAUGCAGGAAUUAAUACUGGAAAGAGUAAAAUUGGACUUUCUCAAACGCUGGGAAAAUUACACAUUUCCAAGCAUGAAAACACUUGAGUACACCUUGCAUUCCGGUGUACAUCGGGUUUCCGAUGAAGCAAUUCAAAUAAUGGCAAAGCUCUUUCCUGGACUGCGUAGUUUAAAGCCUGAUGGUGCUUUUGAUUGCGUUGUGCUUCAGAAAUGGACGCAGAUGCGUAAGCUGGACUUUAGUUACACCAGUUACUAUGAAUGUGAAUACGAUUGGGUCAAAGAUAUUGGCAAAUGUCAAUUGCUUGAAGAGUUGACACUGGAUGACCGUAGGAUUAUGUCCAGCAAUUAUGAUGACCUCAUGGCAUUGCCCAAGCUGCAUAAACUUCGCUUACUGAGUGCUUCUAAUGUCGAAUUAUCCAAGUUUUUUGAAAAACGUGCCGUGGACGUACAUAGAAUUAUCUUUAGUGAUGAUUACCCAAAUGGAUACAUGACUACGCUGCGUAAAAUGCGCAACGUGCGCCACUUACACAUAAUGUACUACGAGAAUCAUUUCUCUAUCGGAAACCUUCGCGACUUGAUUAAGAUUUGGAAACAGCUGGAGCAAAUUGACUUGAGUAGCAUUCAUAUCUGGUCCAGGGAGGCAGAAUUGUGGCAAACUGUUGCCAGUUGUCCAACGCUUAAGAUUCUAAACAUCCUAAACACGGAUAUGAGAGAGGAUUUCUUUGAAGUUGGACGCCGUAUCAUGGAAGAGACACUAAGCAAACGUUCUCAAACUUUAACAUUGAAUUUCUACGACGCACACUACGAGGAGUUGAUCCUUCAGAACUUUAAGCAUCCACAAUUGAAAGUAUCUUUGAGCCUCUCAAACUGUAUGACGACGAAGAAGAUUUUGUAGAAAUUCAUUUUCAGCCUUUGCAAUCAUCCUAAUGUCGCUAUAUGAUAUUUUUUUCCCAAUAUGUUGGGUAAUUUGAUUUCGGAUAAUAAAUAAAUGUAUGAUGCCUUAUUAUAUAUAAGUAUAAAUUUUGUCAUAUAUUAAUAAAUAAAUAUAUAAUAAUAAAUUUAAGUAUACAUACAUACAUAUUAAGAGAACAAACAUAUGAACAUACCUCCA